AUGUCGACACAAUACCAGGGCCAGUCCCAGGUUGUCAUGCGGAUGCUGGUGAACCGUGUCUCAUCUCGGGAACGAGGACCUCAGGCGACUGGGAGUUCCAGAGGCGACAGCCAGUCCAGGCACCUUCAGCGAGGCCGGUCACAGACCCCCAACAGACAGGGCACGGGGUCCCUGAGCGAGAGCUCCAUCCCCUCCAUCUCUGACACCAGCACCCCAAGACGAAGUCGGCGGCAGCUCCCACCCGUCCCACCAAAGCCUCGGCCACUCCUUUCCUAUAGCUCCCUGAUACGACACGCUGGCAGCAUCUCUCCACCUGCCGAUGGAAGCGAGGGGGGCUCCCCGCUCACCUCCCAAGCCCUGGAGAGCAACAGCGCUUGCCUGACCGAGUCUUCCAACUCCCCCCACCCCCAGCAGGGCCAGCACCCCUCCCCCCAGCGCUACAUCUCCGAGCCCUACCUGGCCCUGCACGAAGACUCCCACGCCUCGGACUGUGGCGAGGAGGAGACGCUCACCUUCGAAGCAGCUGUGGCCACGAGCUUGGGCCGUGCCAACACCAUCGGCUCGGCCCCGCCCCUGCGGCACAGCUGGCAGAUGCCCAACGGGCACUACCGGCGGCGGAGGCGCGGGGGGCCUGGGCCAGGCAUGAUGUGUGGGGCUGUCAGCGACCUUCUGAGCGACACGGAAGAAGACGACAAGUGCUAGAGGCUGCUCCCCCCUCCGAUGCAUGCUCUUCUCUCACAUGGAGAAAACCAAGACCGAAUUGGGAAGCCAGCGCGGCCCGGGGGGGAGGAAGAGGGGAAGGGACGAUGGAAGGACACCAUGCAUCAUCAGAGAAGAGGAAGGCAAGGACAAUCGGAAAACCAGUCACACCACCAAAUUGCUUCAUUCCCCUUUGCAAGAUGGGCACUGCCAUAGUUCUGCCUCUUUGCUGGGGAAAGAAAACACAGGACCGCGGAGGGUUAUUCCCAAGGGAGAAGGGACACUCGGACGGCUUUGCUACCCCUUGCCCCUCCCCACUUUUCUAAAAGCCGUGGAGGGAGCUAGCCAGCCUGUGUCCACACUCAGUGCCCUGAGAAGCCUGGAAGACUUCCUGGCUCUUAACUGGG